CCUACGCCUGAUAAAGUGGACAAAGCAUCAAAGGCAUCAGCACAACUCGCAACCAACUUCCAAAGUUAUCUAUAUAACCAAAAAUAUUUUUGAGUGCAGUGCUUGUUGUCAACAAGUGAAUAUCAACCGACAUGACGACACCGAAAGGAGUAGGUUUGGACUCUUUGCCGGUCAUCGAUCUGUCCAAGAUUCACAGUGACCGCGAGGGCCUUGCCGCCAAGCUUGUCCACGCUAUGGAACAUGUCGGCUUCGUGUACUUAGACAACGUGCCCGGGUUUAACUCCACCGAGUUGCUUCGAAUGGCAUCUUGGUUUCUGACGCAACCUGAGCAGUGGAAGAAACAGGUGGCUACUAAAGUUUGGAACCCGAACCCCGAAGUCAAAAAUCUUUACCGCGGCUAUUUUCCUGUUGAUCCCAAAGCCAGUUCCUACAAGGAAGGCUUCGAGAUCGGCAUAGAUCUACCUGGGGACGACCCAGAUUCGAAGAUGACCGUUUUGUAUGAGCCAAAUCUAUGGCCGGUGGAGGAUGCCACCUCACCUUCGUUUCGUCAAUAUAUGACAGACUACUACAAGAACAUGACUGAGAUCGGCAUUGACAUCAUGCAGUUGAUUGCAAUUGGUCUGGAAAUUGAAGAAAACUCUUUUACAAGGAUAUUCAGCGAGAAACCGUUGUCAACCCUGAGGCUUAUUCGUUAUCCAAGACGUUACGACACGCCGCCAGAGGUCGCUCACGGUUGCGACGGUCACCCGCUCCACUGCAACGAACAUUCUGAUUCAGUUUUUCUGACCUUACUGGCUACAUUUAACUACGCGGGCCUGCAGAUUCAGAACGAGCAAGGCCACUGGGUAAAUGUCACUCCACGUCCGAACGGGCUCGUCAUGAAUAUAGGAGACGUCCUUCAGCAGAUGACUGGCGGGAGAUUGAAAGCCACGCGUCAUCGCGUCCUCGACCUUGGCGUAGAGCGCAUGUCAGUUGCCUUUUUUCUGGAGCCCAACUACCAUGCUGAUAUUUCCCGUGCUCUGAUUGAGCCAAAAUUGAAAGAUGGUUCACAUUUAACUGACGCGACGAACACAACAUAUGGUCCUUGGCUGAUCAACCGAAUGAAGAAUACCAAGAAAAAUGCAGAAUAUAAAGACGCAGAUUUUUACUAAGUUAAAGCAGAAUUG